CCGCCGGGGCUGGCUUGGGACACGAGUCCGGUGCGAGCCAGGCCGAGACGCCGGGAGCUCGAUGGUUCGGGAGGGCGGCAUGGCCCGGACACCCCGCAGCUCGACCCAGGAGAUCCAGAUGGACGUGUUCGACAACCCCGGCCUCCAGGGGAAAUACAGCAAGCGGAAGAGCAGGUUUAAACGCUCUGAUGGCAGCACCUCCUCGGACACGACUUCCAACAGCUUCGUCAGACAGGGCUCGGCGGAUUCCUACACCAGCCGCCCCUCAGACUCAGAUGUGUCUCUGGAGGAGGAUCGCGAGGCACUGCGCAAGGAGGCCGAGCGCCAGGCCCUGGCGCAGCUGGAGAAGGCCAAAACCAAGCUGGUGGCAUUUGCCGUGAGGACAAACGUGGGCUACAACCCGUCCCCCAAUGAUGACGUGCCGGUCCAGGGCAUGGCCAUCUCCUUCGAACCCAAGGACUUCCUGCAUAUCAAAGAGAAAUACAACAACGACUGGUGGAUCGGGCGCCUGGUGAAGGAGGGCUGCGAGGUGGGGUUCAUCCCCAGCCCCGUCAAGCUGGAGAACAUGAGGAUGCUGCAGGAGCAGAAGAUGAGGCAAAACCGCCUGAGCUCAAGCAAAUCGGGGGACAACUCCAGCUCCAGCCUGGGAGAUGUGGUGACGGGGACCCGCAGACCCACCCCGCCUGCCAGUGCCAAGCAGAAGCAGAAAUCGGCGGAGCAUGUGCCGCCGUACGACGUGGUGCCCUCCAUGCGGCCGAUCAUUCUUGUGGGGCCGUCCUUGAAGGGGUAUGAGGUGACGGACAUGAUGCAGAAAGCCCUCUUCGAUUUCCUGAAGCAUCGUUUCGACGGCAGAAUCUCCAUCACGCGGGUGACGGCCGAUAUCUCCCUGGCCAAGCGCUCCGUGCUGAACAACCCCAGCAAGCACACCAUCAUCGAGCGCUCCAGCACCCGCUCCAGCCUGGAUGUCCUGGCUGAGGUGCAGAGCGAGAUCGAGCGGAUUUUCGAGCUGGCCCGGACACUUCAGCUUGUGGCCCUGGACGCCGACACCAUCAACCACCCGGCCCAGCUGGCCAAGACCUCGCUGGCCCCCAUCAUCGUCUACAUCAAGAUCACCUCCCCCAAGGUGCUCCAGAGGCUGGUCAAGUCCCGGGGGAAGUCCCAGGCCAAGCACCUGAACGUGCAGAUGGUGGCGUCGGAUAAGCUGGCACAGUGCCCUCCGGAAAUGUUUGACAUCAUCCUGGACGAGAACCAACUGGAAGACGCCUGCGAGCACCUGGCUGAGUACCUGGAAGCCUAUUGGAAGGCCACGCACCCGCCCAGCAGCAACCCGCCCAAUCCCCUCCUGAACCGCACCAUGGCGACCGCCGCCCUGGCCGCCAGCCCCGCCCCCGUCUCCAACCUCCAGGGACCCUACCUAGUGCAUGGGGAGCAGACGCGUGAGGGGGAGCGCGCCAGCCUGCACGACUACCCAGGGGAGCUGGUCAACCGCGGCCAGGGGCGGCCAGGCCAGCAGCACGCUCGCCUGGCCAACCGCGGCCUGUCCCGCCAGGACACCUUCGACUCGGAGACCCAGGGCAGCCGUGACUCUGCCUACACCGAGCCGGGCGAUUCCUGCAUGGACAUGGAGACGGACCCCUACGAGGAGCCCGAGCCCCGCGGCGGCACCCCCGGCGCCUACCCCCGGGGCCUGGGCCGCCACCACCUCCACCAGCGCCAGGGCUCCUGGGACGAGGCCGAGCCCGACCACCAGAACCACAACCGGCAGCUGCGGGGCCGGAGCAAAGGGCGCGACCGCUACUGCCCCAAUGAGGAGGAGGCCAUGAGCCGGAACAAGAAUGACCUGGAGGGCUGGGGGCGGGACGUUUACAUCCGCUAAGGGAUGGGGCACCUGGCUGCUAGGGGCCCCAGGGGGUGGGGCUUCGGUCAGCUAGGGGCCCCUGGGAUGGGGCGUUAGCUACUGGGGGGGGGUUCAGUGUAUCUGAUAGGGGAUCGCUCUCCUCUGAGCAUAGCGCCCCCCUGUGAGGCUGGUUUGUUUCAUGCCCCCUAGCAGGGUUGGCCUGAGAUUGUAUGAUGCUCCCCCCCCCUCCAUGGGGAUCCCUUGCCAGCAGUGCCGGGGGGCCCCGCUGCCAGUGGUGCUCCCCACUCAGCCCCCAGAGGGGCCCUUCUCAUCUCCCAUAAGAUAGUGAAGAUUCACUCCCACCUUAAAUCCCUCAGGGGACCGGGGGGAGGGGCAGCCCAGUGUUUCUUGGGCUUUCCCCGCCCCCAAAGCUGACCAAACUGGGACCCAGCUUGCU